ACCUAACGUCAUCUGGUCGUUUCUGGCUACGCUGCUCCACAGACAGUCUGGCAAAAAGCGUAUGUGAGAUAACCUCAAGAGGUCAUUUUCGCUAAAACCAGCGCAAUGGCUUCGCUGCGAGCUUCUUCUACGAUACGCGGUCUAACUCAGCUGCAUUCGAGAAUGUAUUCAUCGGCGGCUCCUACCACAAAAAUGUUCAUCGGUGGUAAAUUCGUCGAGUCGAAAACGCAGGAGUGGGUCGAUCUACGAAACCCCGCCACGAACGAGGUGGUCACUCGCGUUCCGUGCUCGACGACGGAAGAAAUGCAAUCGGCAGUCGACAGCUGCAAGGAAGCCUUCAAGACCUGGAGUCAGACAUCGCCACUGACCAGGCAGCAGUGUAUGUUUCGUCUUCAGAAUCUGAUAAAAACUAAUACGAAACGUCUCGCCGAGAGCAUAACCACGGAACAAGGCAAGACGCUCCCCGACGCCGAGGGAGACGUGUUGAGGGGUCAACAAGUUGUCGAACACGCGUGCAGCGCGACAUCUCUACUGCUCGGGGAAACAUCUCACCAAGUCACAAAAGACAUGGAUAUUCACAGUUACCGACUCCCUCUCGGAGUGACAGCUGGUAUUGCGCCUUUCAACUUCCCCGCCAUGGUCCCGUUAUGGAUGUUCCCCAUGGCGAUAGUGUCCGGAAACACGAUGGUGAUGAAACCAUCGGAAAAAGAUCCCGGUGCGACGAUGAUUCUCAUGGAACUGCUCCAGGAGGCCGGAGUUCCCGACGGCGUCGUCAACGUGAUCCACGGCACGAAAGAAUCCGUGAGGUUCAUUUGCCAGAAUCCCGAUAUUCGGGCGAUCUCGUUCGUCGGAGCCGACACAGCCGGUAAAUACAUCUACGAGGAGGGAGCCAAAAACGGAAAACGUAUGCAGUGCAAUAUGGGCGCAAAAAAUCACGGCGUUGUCAUGCCCGACGCCAACAAAGAGCACACCUUGAAUCAGCUGGUCGGUGCAGCUUUCGGCGCUGCGGGACAACGUUGUAUGGCGUUGUCGACCGUGAUUUUCGUGGGCGAAUCGAAAAAGUGGGUUCCAGAAAUGGUCGAGCGCGCUCAAAAGCUCCGAGUGAACGCGGGUCAUGUCGCGGGCACGGAUCUAGGCCCGGUGAUCAGCUCCGAGAGCAAGCAGCGAAUCCAUGAGCUCAUCGAGUCCGGUGUGAAGGAAGGCGCGAAGCUUCUGCUCGAUGGUCGUCACAUAGUCGUUCCAGGGUACGAGAAUGGGAAUUUCGUCGGACCGACGGUACUUCAUAAUGUCACACCUCAGAUGCGAUGCUAUCGCGAAGAAAUUUUCGGCCCCGUUCUCAUAUCGACCGAGGUGGAAACGCUCGACGACGCAAUCAAGAUCAUCAAUGGCAACCCGUACGGGAACGGGACAGCAAUCUUCACCACGAAUGGAGCUACGGCACGGAAGUUCACUUUCGAAGCGGAUUGUGGACAGGUUGGCGUCAACGUUCCGAUCCCGGUGCCGCUACCCAUGUUCUCGUUCACUGGCUCUCGGGGUUCUUUCCUCGGAGACGCCAACUUCUACGGAAAAGCCGGAUUGAACUUCUACACUCAAUGGAAGACUGUGACUCAGUUGUGGCGAUCUCAGGACUCCCAAUCGUCCAGCUCGCCCCUGUCUAUGCCCGUGAUGCGUUAGAUGCGUUUUGAUUGUUGACCAUAUAUGAGAGUAUAUAUUCAUUUUUUAAGAGGUGCCAAAUUCGCCUCACAUCCAUUUAUACACUCCUCUCGGAUGAAUGCUCUUGCAUAAUAAACGGUGAUCAUACCUUUUUGUACAU